AACUCUUGUGAUCAGAAUCUGAACCAGUGUUGUGAAAUCAUAGAAAUAAACUCCAUGAUACAGGGGCAACUCUUCACCAUCCUCAAUCAAACGGCCCGAGAAGGUGGGCAUUAUGCAGGCGUAGAAACAAUAAAAUCUCGUCUUUUGCCAUGGCUUGGAACUUGUUUUUCCAGUGCUGCUUCAGGAAGGCCGUUUGAAACCAAUCUCUCUCUCAUUCAGGAUUCAGUUGAAAAAGAAAGGCAGCUGAGAGAAUUUGCCAGCACAAAGAACUAUGAAUUGCAAGAGCUGGAGAAAGAACUGAACUCCACACGUUUACAGCUCAGCCAUGUCCAACAAGAUCUGGCAGAAGCCCAGUUGGCUCUUGAAGACACAAAGACCAAAUCAGCCACUACCCUUUUGGCAGCAGAGGAUGAAAUUGUUCAGCUAAAAACAGCUCUGAAGGCUUCCCAAGCAAAGGAGGAGAGUGCUCUGAGGAAUCUGGGCCGUCUGAAUGACUAUGAACAACAGAUUCAAAUAUUGAAGGAUGAAAUUGCCAUCCUGGGUGCUCAGAAAUCUGUUCUUCAAAGCAGACUUGCACGGAGUCGCUCUCCUUCCCCCACGCGCACCCAGAGCAGGUCACCUAGUCCUCUUCCCUUGAGGAGUUGCUCCCCCGGCCGAGCCCGGCUCACAAAUGCUUCACGUCAUGCCCAUCUAGUGGCCCGCUUCAAUGAGAUUUAUACACAAGAACGCUUGGAUGCACAGACCCUUUUAAGGACAUAUGUGGAUGAUCCAGAGAUGGUGCAGAGGAUAAUAUAUGUUGCAGCUGUGGAGUCUUUCCAUGCAGCAAAGAUGGCCUUCAGACAGUUCAAACUGCGUGUGAGAAAGACUGUCUCUUUAAGUUACUCAGGCCCCGAGUCGCUUGAAGACAUUGUCUUGGACUACAUAGUUCGCCAUGAGGAUCUUUAUGAUGUUCAAACCACUGUCAAUGAAGUGAUUCGUGCCAUGAAUAUCAAUCCUAAAAUUUCAUUCCCACCAGAAGUUGACUUCAUUAUAAUCAGCAGUUUGAUCCGGGAGUUGUGCCGUGUAGCUUUUUCAAUGCAGACAUUGAUUCCUCCUGUGGAUAUUGCAUUUGGUGCAGAUGGAGAACUUUUUAAUGAGUCUAAGUACCGCCACAGCUAUGACUCUGAUUUCACAGCCCCGUUGGUGGCCUACCAUGUAUGGCCUGCUCUGUUGGAAAAUGAUACCAUAAUUGUGAAGGGAGAAGCAGUUACAAAGAGAGGUGCUUUGUGGUCUUCCAGGAGCAGAAGCCGCAGCCGUAGCAUGAGCCCUGUGCUAUCUCGUCGAGCAACCCCCAGCCGAACAUUGUUAUCUCGAAGUCGCAGCCCUUCCCCAUUAAGGAGCGGAAGCCCAAGACUUUAAAUUAACUGGAUAUGUUUCUGUGGUUCUGUACAUCUGGAUCAGCCAACUUCAGUGGUGCCACCUUCUCUUCCAAGAGUACCUCAUAUCUCUCAAUACUGUGAAAGGCAGUUUGUCACUCCAAGUGGAGGGUUAAAUGUUGUUUCUGCUUUAGUGUGUUUUUAUAACUUAGGAGGUUUAUUUAGCACUGGACAAACUCAUUCAAUCAAUUUGAUAAAAGAAAAAAAUGCACACUUAGGAUCUGUGGAUAAGAUAUUAAACAGCUCCAAGGAACCCAUGAUGAAAUACAACAACAGGUAUAUAGGUUCUGACACUGUUUUUACCUCAUGUAUCCGAAUUUAUCUUAGUAGGUCACUAAACAUCAGUUAAGUCAUGAACAUGACAGCAUAUUGAGAUUAGCUGGUACUUGAAAACAGUAUCAUUAAAUGGUGCUUAUUUACGUAUCUCACAUUAAUUGGGUAGCAUCAUUUUAAGUCAUUGAUGUAUCUAAUGACAGUAGCUUGAGUUUUUUCUAAAUAAGAUACAAUAGUCACACACAACAGGUAUAAACUACCAGUAUUGAAGCAGAGUUAAUGUGUUACAUGAAGUGAUAUGCUGCUUUCUGCCUGGAAGUCACUGCACUUGUUAGAACCAAUCUGUUACCGAAGAAAAGAAUCUCACAAAUGCUUGUGAUUUGGACUUUAUUAAUAUUUAUGAAGCAUGUCAUUGAAUAUUCUGAAGUGUGAAAUACUCUUCUAAUAUCUCUUCCAAUGCCCACAGAACAAGACUAUUAGAGCAUUCAUUUGAACACUGUUAUGAAAACUUGACAAACCAGUACGCUAUCUAUUAACUCAUUAUUUUGAUUUCAAAAUGUAAUGUUUCUUUUUUUUUUGCCAUUUUUAAGAUUUCUUAUCCAGUUGUAAAGGUUCAUGUUAACAUCAACAUUUAUGUUUCCAAAAAAACUGAUUUUCUUUCUUCUCUCCUGAACCUCAUCUGUAGGGCUAGCCUUAAAUGCAAGCAACACAAGUGACUGCUUGGGGCCUUGCAUUUUCCCAUGGGAACAUAGGAUUUGCCCUAAUAGAUCUGACCAUUAAUUCUCCAAGUCCAUAUCUGGCUUCAGUCCAGUACCUGAUGCUUCAGAGGAAAGUAGAAAUUUUCCAAAACACACUUCCCCAUUUAUGGAAUAUAAAUGGAUGCAGGGAGAAGUUUCUUCCUGUGACAGUCAGCUUCUGCCCCAAAACCUGAGAGAACUAUAACAAAAUCCAUAUUUGCAUAUAUUAUUAGUCAUGAAAUUUUACCCUUUUUAAAAUACUGAAUGACACUAAUUAACUCCAUGGCUGCUUCCAGAGGGCCUUGUGCAAAAUUCUUACACAUCUUUCCCUCCCCCCACACCCAUUUCAGUAGUGUGAAGUCUUGCUUCAGGCUUUAUAAACAAUACUAGUUCAACUCAACUUAGCUAUAAAGGACUUAACUGUGAUGUCACAGCUGGUACUUGUGCCAAUUCAUCUUUGCUGGUUUUACACGGGUAUAAUUUCACCUUUGGUGAAGUGGCUAUAGUAGAGUUAGCUUUGAUUAACAGCAGGAUACCUGAUAGUUCACUGAAAUCUUGUACAUGCUGGAUCAUGUUCCAAGGUACUCCAAGCAAACCUUGGAACAUAAAAGCCAAAGGGGCACAUAAGCUUGUGGUUGGCCCUUUAGCUGCCUGUGAAAGGUACUGCAUAUGUGUCCUUGGAAAAGAAACAUUAAAGCAAUCUGCUCCCUCUUCUAAACUGAACAGGGCCUGUGGCUAUCCUAUGUACUUCCACAUUAACCCUGUUGUUAAUGUUUCUGUUUAAAUGGCUUGAUUUUUUGAGAGUUGCUGAGCACCUGAAACUCCCAUUGAAAUCAGUUAUAGCUAGGCUCCUUAUUCAGAUGUCUAAACCUUUUGGAUAGUACAGGAUAUAAGUUUAAACAACAAUAAUAAAUAUGGAGUUAGGUGCAUACAUUUAGACCAAGAUUUUCAAAACUGGGCACCUAAUUGGUUAAGAUCACAAAAUCGAUAAUGACGGAGGGUCAAAGAGAAGUGCUUUUGGUUUAUUAUUCUUUUUACAAUAUUAUUUGACUUAACUGUGACAUGUUGAUUGUCAAGACACAGUAGAUUUCAGAUACCUGACACAUCAGGGACUAUAAAGAAGCAGAUUUUGAUUCCAAUUAUAAGAAAACCUAAAUAUCACACUGUGGAGGUACAAAAACACUUAAUAGAAUGAAUCCUAGGAUGGGAUCACAUGACUAAGCUAUGUAACCCAUCUAGAGAAAGACCUACUGCAAAAGAGCUAAGAGUACAAUCAGAAACAAAGGUUUAAACCACUUUAAGACAAUCUCAUGGAGCUGUGCAGUGUUCGGCAGAUGAGAUAACUGAGAGCUCCCAUCACAAGUCUCAAAGUAAUAGUAUGGUCUAGAAGAAGAAAAAGUACAAGCUAGCUGGGUUCUGCAGUGAGAAAGUAGCUUUGGUCAUAUCUUGGAAAAUGUUUUGCAGCAGGCCAUUGUCUACAAAUAGAAAAACUAGAAUCAUAGAAAUUAAGGGCUGGAAGGGCCCUUGAAAGACCAUAGAGUUCAACCACCCCUGUUUUGGGCAGGAAUACUGCUGAGAUCAAAUGAUCCCAGCAAGGUGUCUGUCCAGUCUCCUCUUGAGGACUUCCAAGAUUGGGGACUGUGCCACCUCCUUAGAAAGUGUAUUCCAGAUUCUGGUCACCCUUACUAUAAAGUUCUUCCUUGCAUCUAACCUGAAACUAUCCUCUAAUAGUUUAUGGCCAUUACUCUUUGUCCUCUCCUGGGGUGCCAAAUUGUCACUGGCAAUCAUUAAAUAAGAUAAUAGGCUUCCUAAACAGAUUGUCCUUUAGAACCAAUGGCCUUUAGCAAGGGGCACAAUGAUACUAAGAGUAAUGAUGUUUUGUUUUGGCCUUCUGUAUGGGCCAUUUAUAGUACUUGAAAUUAGGAAGUGGUAGGAUAGAGGAUUUGUAGUGAGAGGUUGGACAUUAAUAAGCUAAGUACUGCCCUUUAUCCUUGGGCAUGUCUCCUUCUGAUACCAGCUGAGUUUACAUGUGCUAAUCAGGGUCAGUGUGUAUUACUCCAGGUGAUUAACUUGGAUGUGCCUUAUAAGAAGGGAGUUUGUAACUUUUUCACAAGUGCUGUUUCAUCAGCAGAUGGAAGAACCAUCAAAUGAGUUCGGUAGUAUUUUAAAACCUUUAGUUAAACUAAGCAAAUUCUUUAUCACAGACUUGUGUAAAUGCCACACUUGUAAUUGUAACAAUGUCAUAACUGGUACAGCAGUGCAGAGCUUAUAAGUGACAUGAUUUUUAUAUAAUCACUAAGGUUUCUGCUAUAAGAUUGUUCCAACACAGUAUUAUUCAUGAUCUAAGUCAGGGGUGGUCAAUCCCUGCCCUCCAGGCUAGGUCUGGCUUGUGGGGCUCCCUAACAGUCUGAAAAUGUGGUGGCAGGGGAGCAACAGCAGUGUCGAUUGCCACUCACUUGCUGCCAAAUUCCCUAACCCCAGUGGGAGCCCCACUGGCCAGAUAACAUGGCUCUGAGCGCCAGAUUGUGCCAGUGUGUGGCUGGAUUUGGGUGUGCUGGAUUGGGCUAGGACACAGCAUAGGGUCUGUCUGCUGGUUGGAUCCCACAUACGGUUGGCAUGCGAGCCCAAAAUUGCUAUCUGUCAAGCUGUGGCGCCAGAAGGUUGGGCACCGCUGAUCUAAGUGAUAAUCCUAUAAUAGUGGGCCAUACUUGCAGCUGAUUCAGCCCUUUCAUAAUCUCACUGAGCUCAAUGGGGGAUGUUACAGGGUGCAAGUCAGCAUCUCACUUGGACCAAUGUGUUUGUGUGUGACAGUAUGUUUUAUUAAACCAUUGUAAUAGCUGAAGAAUUUCUCCUACACAUCAUCACUUUCAAGGCUGAUUUUUUUUUUUUUUUUUUUUUUUUUUUU